ACAUCUAAAUUCUCUCUCGCUCUCUCUCUCUCUAUCAACACUCUCUUAAUUGCACUCGAGGACCUCCAAAACCCCGUAAUCUCAAAACCUCACUCGUUUCGCCCCUGAAUCUUCAGCUACGUGCCCCCCCGGGUUGUUCAUCCCCACCGCCCGCCGCCCGCCCGUGCCGCGGCGGACCUCCUCCUUCUCCGCCGGCUCCCAGCCCUAAUCCGUCGGCCGAUUCUCUCGAUCCGAGGUCUCUCUCCUUUCCUCUUUUUUGUGGUCUAGGGUUUGUCGGUGGGAAAGGUCGGGAGGGGGAGCACCGGGAGGACGGGGGGAAGGGGUUGAGGGUUGGAGCGGCGCCGGGUGGGGUUCCGACUCCGAUGGAGGCUCCGGCCGGUGUGGCCGCCAAUCGCGCCGGCUCGUCGCCGAUGUCCUCGUCCCGGAAGGAGUGGCGCGCCGUUUCUGAGCAUCAGCCGAUUCGGAGCCCUGGAAAUGAGGUCCAGAAUCUGGGUGCCAGCCUCACUGGCCCGCUCUCCCCCACUUUGGAUUUGGAGAGGUCAAAAUUAGGUCAGUCUGAUGAGAGAACAAUAUAUGAGGUGCAGCAGGGAAGACAGCCGCUCGACUUCUGUACAAUUACAAUUGAUGGCAAUUCGGGUGACGACCUAUUGGAGCAGCUUCAAAGCAUUGCAACUAAGAGAGAGGAUUUGCAGCAUCUAGAGAUUGAGCUUAGAGCUCAGAUGAUUGCUAAAUCUGAGAUUGCUGAAAUUCAAAACUCCUUUGAUUCUCAAAUCAAGGAGCAUGCGGAUGCUGCUGUCAAACUUCAGGAGCAACUACACGAAAGAGAGCAAGCAAUCCAUGACUUGGAAAGGAGGAUGGAAGAGAAAGAUCGAGAGCUUAUUGCUAUAAAAAGAGACAACGAGGCGGCUUGGGCCAAGGAGGAUCUUUUAAGAGAACAAAAGAAAGAAUUAGCAACUUUUCGAAGGGAGCGUGAUCAUUCCGACGCUGAAAGAAUGCAACACUUGCAGCAAAUUCACGACCUUCAGGAACAUUUUCAGGACAAAGAGAGGCAGCUCAUGGACUUGCAGGAACAGUAUAGAGUUGCUCAAGAGACAAUCAUAUAUAAGGAUGAUCAGUUGAGGGAGGCCCAAGCUUGGAUUGCACGUGUUCAGGAAAUGGAUGCUUUGCAAUCUCACUCUUUACAAGCUGAACUGCGCGAACGAACUGAACAAUGCAAUCAGCUCUGGAUUGGUUGGCAACGACAGGUGGCAGAAAUGGAGAGAUUUCAUGUGCAUACAAUACAACAGCUUCAACUGGAAUUGGCUGAUCUGAGAGAAAGAUGUGGAUCCUUUACUGAUGAAUCUCGUAUACCACAAACAAAUGUGAAAGAUGUAUCUCAGUUUGGACAGAUUAAUGGCAACCGAUUAGAUUCUAAUGGAUCCACUGGAAAUACUGUUGCGCUUUCAAGUGAUAAUUCUGGCAGUGCAUCCAGCAAUGGAUCAUCCCAGAUUGACCGUGCUACUGGUGUUCCACUUGGGUCGUCAUCACUGCUUGGACUGCCUGCAUACCUAUCACCUGCUCAGGUCCCUACACUUCAUCCAUUUGUUAUGCAUCAACAGGGAAUCCCACAAUCUGUGCCAUCAAAUGUUCCUCACUCUCAGCUUAAUCAGUAUCAAUCAAUACCUUCACUGUCGUCCAAUCAGCAGUGGCAGAAUCAACAGGAUGUAUCUGGAGAAGAACAUAUAUCAAAGCACAUACAGCAUUCAGAAACCCAGAACGAACAGAACUUACUGAAAUCUGAUUCCGGAUAUGGCUAUGAGCUGACUGUUAAUGGCGAAGUCGUUCAAAGAGAAUAUCCAGAUGUUCAUGUGAGCCAAGUAAUAGAGCCUGAUUCUUCGAUUUCAUCAUCUACUGGAGAAGCACAGGUUACCGAGUCUAUUGAUAGAAGCUACUUGGGAUCCUCCCAGCAUGAGCAGAGUUUGAACCCGAUUUCAUCUCAAUUUCAUGAUGCUUUGACUUUGGAUGGUCAUCAACAGAGUAUCGAAUCUAAGGAGGAGGUUUCCAGUGUGACUAAUCAAGAAAUAGAGGUUCAAGCAUUUAAAGCUGAACAGCCAACUCCAAUUUCACUUCAUCCUGCAAAUAGUGAUGCCAUUGGCAACAAUCACGCUGCUGAUGAAAUUGCACCUGAAAUGGUUAUUCCAACUGGGAAGGCUAUUAAGUCAACUGGUGGAAGAAAUCCAGAAACUAAUCUUCUUGAUGAAAGAUCCUUGUUGGCUUGUAUAGUUCGCACCGUUCCACCUGGUGGUAAAAUACGAAUUAGUUCAACGCUGCCAAAUAGGCUGGGUAAGAUGCUGGCACCCUUACAUUGGCACGAUUACAAGAGGAAGUACGGGAAACUUGAUGACUUUGUUGCUAGUCAUCCAGAAUAUUUUGUGAUCGAGGGGGACUACAUUCAGCUGCGUGAAGGUGCUCAAGAAAUGAUAGCUGCUACGGCAGCUGUUGCAAAAGUAGCUGCGGCAGCUGCUGUGUCAGCUCCCAAUUCCUCAUCGAUGUCCUCUGUGGCUCUUACCCCUGUGGCACAGGCCCGAUUAAGAAGUGCUUCAGCCAUUGAUAGCAAACAGAUGAAUGCUUCUGAAAAUAAUUUCAAUGUCACUGAGGAUUCCUUGCGCCCGUCAACGAUGCAUAUGCAUUCUAAUGGAAUAAACUUUAGCAUUACUGGGAGUACUUCCAAAGCCACAGUACUAAGCAAGUCUAAGGAAGCUCUGGGUUCAAACGGUCUAGAAACAAAGCCAGGCCAAGCCCCUGGGUUCAUUUCCAACGGGGCACAUCUUGAUACGUUCGGUGUGAAUGCUCAUGGCAAAGGGCUAAGUAACGGAAGGGCUGGCUUAAAUGCUGUUGGCAGACAUCCGGGAAGGGCUGGCAGCCAUACUUCGAUUCCCAGAAGAUAGAGAUGAUUGGGCGUGCAUGGAUAGCAAAACAAGGAACAACGUCCUCUCAAUCGCCACGGCGAGUGGAUGAAUACGUGACCGGAAUUCUUUCAGACUGAAGUUGCACCCCACCCUUUCGCUGAUGCUCAAAGUCCUCUCUGAUUGAGAUAUCUUGGCUUAUUUAUUCUCUCAUUUUGCCUGGUCGAGUAAAAUCACAACGUGAAUCUUCGUACUUUACAUUGCAUACUAAAUUGACAUGACUGCAUUUUUGGCGAAAAUUUUUAUGCGAAGCAUCCUUCUAUUCCA